AUGGCUGCGCUGACAUUAUCGAGAACCGAUAAUUUUCUACACAACUUCUUACAGGAUCGUACACCCAGCUCCUCUCCAGAGAGUGGCCCAAACCCCCUGUCCUUUCUGGCUACCACGUGCAGCCAGGCUUGGCAGGUGAGUGGCAACGUGGGUUCGGAGGGGACCCAGUUCCCCUAUGACGGAGCAGUAAGUUCAGCUUCCAGUAUGUUCCAGCUCUGGAGCAAUGAGGUGGCCCCCAACUCCAGCCUAAGUGCUCACCAGAUGGCCUUCACCGUGCCUAAGGUGCAGUUCCCCAGUCACAUGCAGACCGGCCUGGGCUCCCACUCACACCACCACCAUCACCAUCAUCACCACCACCACCACGAGCUCCCCCUCACCCCUCCGGCCGAACCGCCAGCCGCCUACUCCUUUGAGCUCUCCCCAGUCAAGAUGCUGUCCUCCCAGACACAGGCCAACGCAUCCUACUACCAGCAACAUAAUGCUAUGAGUCAGAACUUUCCCAGCUUCCUCCAGAACACGUCGGCCAGGCCUCACCUACCGGGAGCCCAUGCUGAGGAUGGGCAGCAGUGGUGGAGUCUACCCCAGAGCAGCGGUAGCCCCUCUGGCCACCACCUUUCCCUGGGCAGGCAGCUGGUUCUGGGUCCCCAGCCUCAGAUCGCAGCCCUACUGCAGGGCACCUCCAAAGGCCUGCUGAGCUCCACACGUAGGUGUCGCCGAUGUAAGUGCCCCAACUGCCAGGCUUCGGGAGGGAACGCGCCAGGGCUAGAGUUUGGCAAGAAGAGACUGCACAUUUGCCACAUCCCUGAGUGCGGCAAGGUGUACAAGAAGACGUCGCAUUUGAAGGCGCACCUACGCUGGCACGCCGGGGAACGUCCUUUUAUCUGCAACUGGCUUUUCUGCGGAAAGAGCUUCACACGCUCGGACGAGCUGCAGCGUCACCUGCGCACACACACCGGGGAGAAGCGGUUCGGCUGUCAGCAGUGCGGCAAGAGGUUCAUGAGGAGUGAUCAUCUCUCCAAGCAUGUUAAGACACACCAGAGCAGGAAGGGACGGACGAGCCAACCUCCCCAGCAGCCGCACGGAGGGACCGAUCCACUGCUCAGUAACAUCAAGAGAGAGUGA